CGUCCUAAUCCUGUUUAGUGUUUCUCUAUAAAUUUGAGUGCUGUGCUGUGCUGGCCAACUGCUAGCUUAGAUAAAGUCCGUUGCAUCGAUAAAUAGACGCGCAAUAAUGUUGCACUACAUCGCUGCCAGCUGCGCGUUGGUGGCGCUUCUGUGCGCGACACCAACCUCUGCGGCAAUCCACAAGCGUAGCGGAGCCCGUGCUGCCAAUACGGUGGCCACUGAGCCAGAGGCGACGCCCACGCAAAAGCCGCCUGCAGAGAAUACGGAUCUGCUGGAUAAGCUGAGCUGGAAGUGCGCCAACAAUGCCAGCUGCCUGCACGGCGUGGCCAAUGGCAUUAUGUCCUCGUACCGCCGCGGCGAGACGAUUAAGCUGGGUCUCUUCGAUCUGGUUAAGCUGCCGCCGCUGGACGAGGCGCACAAGCACAAGUGGGGCACUGGGCGCGGUAUGUCCAGCUUCAUGGACUUUAUCAGCGGCAAUGCAAUUCGAGUGCCCGUGGGUCCGAUGGUGUUCAGUGUGCAGCGGGCGGAGGAUGACAGCGACUACAUUGAAGUGGCGCUGUUGAAGAAGGCGUCGAGUGGCACAGGACGUCUGCAGGGCAACGGCGGCGGUGGCGGCGGACUGCUCGGCGGUGGUGGAGGUGGCGGACUGCUCGGCGGUGGCGGCGGCGGUGGCGGUGGCCUGCUGAGCGGUGGUGACGAGGGCGGCGGUGGCCUGCUCGGUGGACGUCGCCGUCACCAGCAUCAGGACAAGAAGCAAUUCCAAAUGUAUAUACCCAUGUAUCUGGCCGCCACAACCUUUGGCUGGACCAUGGUGGCUGCCAAGGCGGUGGGUUUGCUGACCCUUAAGGCUCUAAUCCUGUCGAAAAUUGCCUUUGUCGUCGCAGCCAUCGUGCUGAUCAAGAAACUAAUGGACAAUGCCAGUGAAAAAAUGAUGUACCAGUUCCCGGAGCACACGCCCUACAUGAUGCCCUACGGCAUGGACUACCCCAUGCACUCGCCCGAUAUCUCGCCAGAGAUGUUCCCCAGUGCCCUGCAUCAACUGGCUGUCGCCGGCGGUGGCCAGAUGCCGCAUCCGGGCCAUCCCGGCCUGGAGAGCAUGACCGCUGAGAGCCACUUGCAGUCACAGGUCGCCAGCGAUGGCAGCAACAACACCAAUCCGCUGGCCGCCCUCGGCGCGUAUGGCGGCCUGGGGCAUAAGAUAAAACGUGAGGACUCUUGGAUAGCGAAGAGUAAGUCCACGGCGGCCCGACGACCCCUCAUCUACAACUACGUGCAGCCGCAGUUGCCCUUCUACCGCCCGUAGGGGCUGGGCUUAGGCCGAUUCGUGCAGCUCUUGGCCCCUACCGCAACCAAAGACCGUGGGACGACAGUGUGGAGGAGAAGGUGAGGAGGUUCUGCUGCCAUAACAAAUGAACAUCUGAUGCCCGGCAAACGAGGAGUGCUCUA